AUGGCGAAAGCCGGAGAUAAGAGCGGAGGCAGCGGAAAGAAAGGCCUGAAACGCAAAGCCGCUUCUGAAGAAGCUCAGGAGGCUGCAGUCGGUGAGGAUGGGACGACGGAAAGCGGGGUCCAACCCCCAACGACGGCUGCCUUUCCUCCAGGAUUCAGCAUUUCGGAAAUUAAGAACAAACAGCGGCGACACUUAAUGUUCACGCGGUGGAAACAGCAACAGCGGAAGGAAAAGUUGGCGGCUAAGAAAAAACUUAAAAAAGAGAGAGAAGCUCUUGGUGAUAAGGCUCCACCAAAGCCUAUACCCAAGACUAUUGACAACCAGCGAGUGUAUGAUGAAACCAUAGUAGAUCCUAAUGAUGAAGAGGUUGCUUAUGAUGAAGCUACAGAUGAAUUUGCUUCUUACUUCAAUAGACAAACUUCUCCCAAGAUUCUCAUCACUACAUCAGAUAGACCUCAUGGGAGAACAGUACGACUCUGUGAACAGCUCUCUACAGUUAUACCAAAUUCGCAUGUUUAUUACAGAAGAGGACUGGCUCUGAAAAAAAUUAUUCCACAGUGCAUCUCAAGAGAUUUCACAGACCUGAUUGUUAUUAAUGAAGAUCGUAAGAUACCAAAUGGAUUAAUUCUGAGUCACCUGCCCAACGGCCCAACUGCUCACUUUAAAAUGAGCAGUGUUCGUCUGCGUAAAGAAAUUAAGAGAAGAGGCAAAGACCCAACAGAACACAUACCAGAAAUAAUUUUGAACAAUUUUACAACACGACUGGGUCAUUCUAUUGGACGUAUGUUCGCAUCUCUCUUUCCCCAUAAUCCUCAGUUUAUUGGAAGGCAGGUUGCCACAUUCCACAAUCAACGGGAUUAUAUCUUCUUCAGAUUUCACAGAUACAUAUUCAAGAGUGAAAAGAAAGUGGGAAUUCAGGAACUUGGACCACGUUUUACCUUAAAAUUAAGAUCUCUUCAGAAAGGAACCUUUGAUUCUAAAUAUGGAGAAUAUGAAUGGGUCCAUAAGCCCCGGGAAAUGGAUACAAGUAGAAGAAAAUUCCAUUUAUAA